UGCACUAACUGAAUCUGGUCUUGACCAACAACAGACUCGCGCAAUGAUGGGUACCUUGCCAACACUGUUCCUGAUCUUGGUAUUCUUUCCUCAUGGUCUCCAAAGCUGUGGAGAUGGCAAUGAAGCUGCAGCCCAGCUGGUGAAACAGUUGGAUUGGUCUCUGCAGCAAAGCCCAAACCCCAGCGUGGUACUUGCUCUGAGACUGGUGAACCACAAGGUCAAUCAAAGCGUUGUAAAAAGCCUGAAGAAGAAUGUUAUCAGCAAAGGGGUGAAUAUGUCCAGUGGGGAGCUGGGCCAGUAUGUGUUGGCUUUGAUCUCCUGUUGUGAAGACACAACAAACCUGAUGAGCAACAAGCGAUCAACCAAAGGCAUCAACCUGGGGACGUUGCUUUCCAGCAAGCUUGGCCGAGAGAUUAAAAGCAUUGAAAUGCAUAAACACCCGCUUACCACCUACUACCAAGUUGCACUGGCUGUACUUGCACUUUGCAAACAAGGUUACGCUAUUCAGAAGGGUGAUAUCAAAAUUUUUGCACAAGCUGUAAUGAACAACGACCUCUCUUAUGGAGGACAAUUCUCUGUGGACACGGGUGCUAUGGCUGCCAUGGCCUUCAACUGUCUACAGGAUUCCUACAAGCCAACUAACACCAUCGAGAUAGCCUUGAAAAAACUGACCAUGCAGAUUUUCUGCGCAAAACAUGAUUGCGGAACAAUUGGAAAUAUCUAUAGCACUGGCCUGGCCAUGCAGGCUCUAAUUGCUAAUUGCCAGUUCAUCCCAUUCCCUGUGUGGAACUGUUCAAACACUCAGGAGAAAGUUGAGGAAAAAAUCCAGAAGGGAGCAUUCUCAAACUCGGAAAUGGCUUCACAGAUCUUGCCACCUCUACUAGGCAAGACAUACCUGCAGGCUGGUCAAGAGGGCUGUGCUGGAGUGAUGGAAACCCAAUCAAAGGCAGAGAUGAGCAAUGACAGAAUGAUUGCUGUGGUCUACACUGUAACUAAUGCGACAUUUUGUAGAAAUUCAUGUAAUCAUUCCGUUCAUCUGACUGUCACUAAAGGAAUAAGCCUUUUCCAAAUUAUGGAAAAAGCAAAAGAGAAAAAUCCAGAUUACUUUCGAUUUGAGUAUGAAAAGACUUCCUUGGGCUUCUUCAUCACCAGCAUCGCUGGAGUUCCAAGCAAAGCUCAAAAAUGGACCUAUUGGCAGUUUCUGAAUGGGAUGAAGCCAAUUCCUGUUGGUGUUGAACAGUACAGACCUUCCAAUGGGGAGCAUAUCAUUGCAAAACUCACUAAAUAUUGAUUCAUGAUUGAGUGAGCAGGUGGUGGAAAAAUGGUCUGAGACCUUGAGCUAGUGUAUAUCAAAUAAGUAGGUGUAGAGUGUUUCAAAAGAGUUUCUUUUGUCUAUUAAUCAAAUAGCGUUGCACGCCGACACAAAAUAGACCUCUUUAUAAUCUAAACAAGUAUCUGUGACCCUGACAUGACCCCCUCUGACCCUGGCAUGAUCUAACUGUGACCCUGACAUGACUGCACAUGAACUCUGAUACAAAUCUAAUAUUAAACCACUGCUAACCUGACACUGACCCAACAUUGGCCCUGAUAUGAAACCAUCUCAAAUCCAAUAUCCCACUUGGCAGACUUCCCAUGACUCUAAUAUGCCAGCCUCACUUACCAGUCAGGGCACUUACAUCAUCAGGCGAGGUUGCAAUUCAAUUUUGAGCCCUAUGGCAGACACCCUGACAUAUUCCCAAACUGAUCAUGGGCUUGUCUCGACAUAUAUAACUCUAUCAGGACCCCAGAUGACAGUAAACCGCAAAGACCUUGAACUCACCAAAAGCCAUGCAGAUUUGCCUUUGGAAGAUUCAACAGCUCUGAAAAUUCACCAGAAAGCCUAACACGGCUCCUAAAGUAUGUAUUUUUUGAUUAUUACUUUAAGAGUGCUUCUGUUACCAACCCCCUCCUCUGGGGCUUCAAUGCCAAACUAUGAUGCUAUUCUUGACAGACAUGUGCAAUGCUGUAUCUUUCUGACGAGUGCAUCAUACGAAUGCUAACAGAUGGAAUAAUGAUAAUCAACUCGGCAAGUGAGGGGGACUUCUGUUCACUAAGUGAUAACAAUAAUAAUCUUCAGGAAGGAAUUAGUUACAUACUUGAAGGGAAGGCAUUUGGAAGGGAAGGUUAGAUGGAGUCUGGCAUUGAUUCCCUUGACAUAUCGAAAGAAUGAUCACAAGUACAAAGCUUUGAGGGACCUCCAUUAGUGCAGAGCAAAAUCCAUGACUCUAGCAGCAAGAAAUGCCAACAUAGCUAUAGACAUCUCAUCUGUCUACUCAGAGGGGAAGAAAAAGGCGAUAAAAUUGAGAUAUUUUUACAUGGAGGCUGAUGAAGGUGAAAUUAUUCUCCUUUAAACAGAUGCAAUUAAGGGAUUCCACAUAAGUUGUUUAUUCCUAAUCCCACAAGGUAUUCAUCAGGUGAAUAAAGAGAAACUGUGAUUUGACAAAAACAUGUGAGAAUUCUGAUACCAGGGGAGCAAUGUAAAAUGAAAUACACAACUGAACAAUAAUAACCAUUGAAA